AUGAAUCAUCUCGAAUAUUUUUAUUACGGAACCAUUCAUCCGGAAGAAUGGGUUAAGCAAGUGCGAUUGGCCUUUUAUGAUUAUAAUAAAAACGAACAAGAAAUUGUUAAUUAUUGUAAAUUACUCAUUCCUUCUUAUAUCAAAAUUCCUCCCGAGACCGAAUCCUUUGUUGCGUUAAUCAAUGCCUUAAAAUCAGAUAUUUCUUAUGAAACCUUUAAAAGUUCAGUUAAAAGGAAUUUAAAAGCAUUAAAAGUUAGUCUUGAUAAUGAAAAAGAUAUUUUAACAUUCUUGAAUCAAUUUCAACGGCACUGUUAUGAGGGAGAAAUCAAUGAAAUUGGAGAACAAAAGCAAUUAUUCUUAAAUUUAUUGCCAAAAAAUUCUAUUCAACACUCUUUUGUUCGUCGUAAUUUUGAUAAAAUUAAUUCAAUGAAAGAAUUAUUCAAGAAUUUUGAUCAAAGUCUUUUUGAAGGACCUAGAAUCAUUCAAAAUUAUUCUUUUAUUACUUUAAAACAUGUUGCAACCGGAAAUUACUUGACUACUAACAAUUCGCUGAUUUCAGAUUUUCGGAAUACUAUGGUUUUUGCAGCUUCUGUUAAUUCUGAUUUACGUAAUGAAUCCGUAUGGGAAGUUUCAAAACAAGAUCUUCGAGAUGGAAACGCACUUUGUUACGGAAACUUAUUUCAGUUAUUCCAGAAAGAUAGAAGUAAUUUGGGAGAUUGCUUGCAAAUAUCUGAUUCAGCUAAAUCUCCCGCAACUAACCAUUCACAAGUAUUCGUUGCAAGAAAAAAAUCAUUUUUUCAUUGCAAAAGCGUCAAUUCUAAAAAUUCACCUUACGUAUAUGAUAAAGAUGUAAUUUUUUUACAAUGUAAUGAUGAUUUAACAUUACGUAGUCAUGAGUUCACUUUUAAUAUUCGCGAUAAGAAACUUCAAGAAGUAGUUGGUCAUAAAGAGAGACUUGGUGGAAAUGAUGAG